AUGCUGGCCUCAUCUCCUCUGAAGCCUUCGGCUCCGUCAACGUCCUUGCUCCGCUUCCUGCGAGCCCAGUCCGAUUCGGUCUUCUUCUUCACUCCUAACCAGACAACAGCAUGCGCGCGCCCCUCCAAGGGUUCUUCAUGGCAUAAUCGCCGUUCUCGCGGCUCCGCGAUGCGGAGGUCAUCUAGCUGGACGGAUCUGACUCCUGCGCCGUGUUUGGCACAGCUUGAAGCGUCACUGUUCUCCAUUAUUAAUCCGACGUCUACAGGGCCAAAAGCAUUACGAUCCUCCCGUCUCAAAUCGAAGACAUCUUCUUUAAUAUCCCCUCUCCUGUCCUUCCGAAAUAGCUCCUCCAAAAGUCGCCCUUGGCUCCGAAGACUCUUGGAUCUGGGACGAUCGAACGAACCCUCCAAAUGGAGCACUUCUCCCCAAGUCACAUCCUUUACGGAUGAGGGAGCGGAAGGGAAUCUCUUCAAUCUGGGACGGGCUCUGGCAGCCAAGUCGCUGAAUGAGCCGCGGCUGCGGUGCACGGAAUUUGAUGAGAAUGGAAAUGUUACGCUGGUCAAUGGAGAAUACCGGAAGAGCGAGUUGAUUGCCAAGUACGGUCUUCUGCCACGAGAUCUGCGAAAGAUUGACUCGUCGGUCCUUCCUCACAUCCUCGUGCGGCCGAGCGCCAUUCUCAUCAGUCUCCUACAUCUCCGGGUUUUGAUCAAAGCCGAUCGCGUACUUGUUUUCGAUGCGUACGGUUCUACUAAUUCCUACACGCAGUCCGUGUUCAUGUACGACCUGGAGGGCAAGUUGCGGCAACGACAGGCCCAGGGGGCUGGUGCACUACCAUACGAAUUCCGAGCUCUCGAAGCGGUGCUGAUCAGCGUGACCAGCGGCCUGGAGGGGGAGUUUGAGGGCGUCCGAGAACCAGUCGUGCGGGUCCUCCGAGCGCUCGAGGAAGACAUUGACCGGGAUAAGCUGCGGCACCUACUGGUUUAUUCAAAGAAACUGGGAAGCUUUGAGCAGAAAGCACGGCUUGUGCGAGAUGCAAUUGACGAUCUUCUAGAGGCGGACGAUGACCUGGCCGCGAUGUAUUUGACGGAAAGGGCCAAGGGAAUUAUUCGGGCUGAAAACGAUCAUCAAGAGGUUGAGAUGCUGCUGGAGUCGUAUCACAAGGUGUGCGAUGAAAUUGUCCAAGCCAGCAGCAACUUGGUGACAGCCAUUCGCAACACCGAAGAAGUGGUCAAAGCGAUUCUCGAUGCCAAUCGCAACUCCUUGAUGCUCCUGGAUCUGAAAUUCAGCAUUGGCACCCUUGGCCUUGCAGCGGGGACGCUGGUGUCGGCCCUGUAUGGAAUGAACCUGAAAAACUUCAUCGAAGAGUCUGAUCUGGGCUUUGGAGCCGUCUCUGCCGUUUGUGUUUUCUUCACUGCGGCCGUGAGCAUGUACGGUCUGAUGAAACUGCGCCGGGUGCAGCGCGUGCGGAUGUGGGGUGAAGGAGGAAUGGCGCCCACCGCUAUCGGGCCGUUGCCCAGCCGCAAUCUGGCAGUGGGCAAUCGAGGCAACUGGCGCUCUGACGCGAUCGAACCGAUGCUGGCGGGGCUGCCGGGCGAGGGCCGCGUGGAGAGGAUGAAACGGUUGAAGGAGGGUGCGCAUGCUGCUGCUCAUGCUGCGGCGGUGUCGCAAGCGGAAGCGGCUCGUCGGGCGAUGGUGCCGAAAGGGAUCUCGCAGUCGGCGAAGGGCCCAUCGGAAGGCAGACAGGAAGGCAGACCGGACGAUGCAGAUAUCGGCGUGAAAGAGGCUGUCGUUAAGGUGUGA